CCUGUUUCCAGGCUCCGUAGCAAGUUCCUGAUGAAAUAACUUCCCGAAGGAGCUGGGUGGAGGGGCGGGGUGGAGCAGGGCAGGCCUCCCUGCUGGGGUCUACGUGAGGACAGUUUGGGGAGCAGGAGGAGGCUGGGAUCCCAGCAUCCGGGGCUCUUUCCUCCCUCCCCGUGGACACCCUACAGGAGGGUGAGAGGGGCAGGGGGGCCAUCUGAAUGGGUGUGUGGGGGGGGUAUUUGGAAGUGAGAGAAUACAGUGAGAGGGCACUAGGAAAGCAAGUGGUAGGUAGGGAUGUCCACCCCGACACUAGACUUUGGGGUGUUCUUUUUCAGAAGGAAGCGGGGGUAGGGGGUGGGCCUUCAGAAGGUUUUCCAGCAGAGGAGCCAUGGUGUUGGGGGCUCAGGAGAUGACUGGGCUGUGGGAGGACGGACUGGAGGCUCCUGGGCAGUCCUGGGAGGGGAGGAGGACCUGGACUCAGGGGCUGGAGGAUGGAAGCGGGGACAGAUUUACUGCUGUCCUGGGGCUUGGGAGGAGGAAGGGGAAGUGUCCCCUUGUGAAGCCUAGGAGGGGCGAUGAGACCCUUUGGGGCACGUUGACUCAGAGGGGCUGGCCGGCUGGCCUUUGGAGGUGUGUCUGAAAUGUGGGGCAGGAGAUGGGGGCUGGAGGGACACCGUGAUAAGGAGUUAUGCCAAAAGUCAGCACGCUGGAGGGCAGCAUGUGAGACCCAGGACACUCAGACUCUCUCUGAAGCUCAGUUUGCUCAUCUGUAAAAUGGGUUGUUGGGAGGGUUCUGGGGGGUAAAGGCGCUCCUGGAAGCGCCCCGUGAAACGCGUGGAAACACAACCGCUCUGCUUUGGGUGGGUGAGGGGGCGCAGAUGAGCGUGUCUGGGUCCCGCGGCCGCGCGGGCUGCGGGGGCGGCCCUGCCCCCUGGUGGCAGUCCGGGCCAGGGCGCCGGGGCCCCCGACAGGCGGGGCGACGGGGCUGCUCGGGCCGGACGUCCUCGGUCCGCCAGUCCGCUCGCUCCUGGCGCGCGUCUGUCAAUCGGUCGGUCCAAGGACGCCUGCCCCGUGCUCGGCGCGUGGGCUGCCGGCUUCGGGGUGUCGCGGGCGGCGGACGGCAUGGCUCCCCUCUGCCUCAAUUGCUCCAUCCUCCCUGGAGACAUGUCCCCGGGGCGUUCAAGGAUCCCCAUGCUCUGCAACAGCAGUAGGGCCGGGAGGCUCUUUGACCCCAAAGAUUUGAACCUGACUGAUGAGGAGCUGAAACUCAAAUACCUGGGACCCCAGCAGACGGAGCUGUUCACGCCCAUCUGUGUCACGUACCUGCUGAUCUUUGUGGUGGGCGCUGUGGGCAACGGGCUGACCUGCUUGGUCAUCCUGCGCCACAAGGCCAUGCACACGCCCACCAACUACUACCUCUUCAGCCUAGCCGUGUCGGACCUGCUGGUGCUGCUGCUGGGCUUGCCGCUGGAGCUCUAUGAGAUGUGGUCUAACUACCCCUUCCUGCUGGGCGCCAGCGGCUGCUACUUCCGCACGCUGCUCUUCGAGACAGUCUGCCUGGCCUCUGUGCUCAAUGUCACGGCCCUGAGUGUGGAGCGCUAUGUAGCUGUGGUGCACCCGCUGCGGGCCAGGUCCGUGGUGACUCGGACCCGUGCGCGCCGUGUGCUCGGGGUCAUCUGGGGCCUCGCCGUGCUCUGCUCUCUGCCCAACACCAGCCUGCAUGGCAUCCAGCAGCUGGACGUGCCCUGCCGGGGCAUAGUACCCGGCUCGGCCAUGUGCACCCUGGUCCGCCCACGGGCCCUCUACAACCUGGUGGUGCAGACCACGACUCUGUUCUUCUUCUGCCUGCCCAUGACCACCAUCAGUGUGCUCUACCUGCUCAUCGGGCUGCGGCUGCGGCGUGAGAGGCUGCUACUGCUCAGGCAGGAGGCCAGGGGCAGGGCCAGGGCCAGUGACACCUGCAGGCUCCAGCGACUGCAGGAUAGGGGUCGGACGCAGGUGACGAAGAUGCUGUUUGUGCUGGUCGUGGUGUUUGGGAUCUGCUGGGCGCCGUUCCACAUCGACCGCCUCAUGUGGAGCUUCGUGUCCCACUGGACCGAGAGCCUGCACCUGGCCUUCCAGUACGUGCACGUCAUCUCCGGCGUCUUCUUCUACCUCAGCUCCGCCGCCAACCCCGUGCUCUAUAGCCUCAUGUCCAGCCGCUUCCGGGACACCUUCCAGGAAGCCCUGUGCUUGGGGACUGGGUGCCACGGCCACAGAUCCCACUGCAGCUCCCACAGCCUCAGCAGGGUGACCACGGGCAGCACCCUGUGUGACAUGGGCUCCCUGGGCGGCAGGACCUACCCUCUGGCUGAGAACGGUGACCCAGAGGGACAGCAGGAGACUGGCCCCUCCUGAGUGGAGCCUCAAAGCAGUGUCCCCCAGGGGGGACCAGAGGGCCACUCGCAGCUUUGAGAGCCACACUCGUCCUCCUCUGCGGGGGUGUCUUCAUGACCUGUCCCCCUUUGUGCCCCGUCCCACUUCAGCCUAGAAACUCUGACCAGCCCCUCAGUGACCCCUGCCCCCACCCACGCAUUGGAAGGGAUAUAAAGUUGCUGUCUGCCCUCCAGAGCCCCAGGCCCUGGCUCCAGUCCUUCCCCGGCAGGAAUAGCGCGGUUGGUUAAUGGGCACAGCCGGCCUCCAUCUGGGACUCCCCGACCCCACCCCCACUUUCUGAAACGUUUCCAUGGGCCUCUACUCUUCCCUCCCAUUUCUUGUUGAGCUUCUGCAGGGUCUGGCCCAUUCUGUCCCUCUCUAGCUCUUGGCCUGCACCUGGGACCCUCCUCCCACCUGACCCCUCCCUGCCCCCCAGUCGGCUCAUUCUGCUCUGGGGUCUCCUCCGUCUGGUGGCACUGCUGGGCGGCGGGGGUGCCAGGGAUCCAGGGGACCUGGUUCCAGUCUCAGCCCGGCUGCCACCACCUUGCUGCGUGGCAUCAAGCAAAUGGCCUCACUUUGCAGGCCUUGGUCCCCUGUUUGCAAAAUGAAAGGGACCCUCACCUUCUAAGCGUCACGCUUUGGCACUUUGGCUGUGGUUUGCUGUGCGUGCAUAAGUCACUGCUUGUAACGAACACAGCUGAUCCCCUCAGAUUAACAAGGCGGAAAUUACUCUCUACUUCCUCGUCACCCCCACCCCUACCUCUCCCCUGACCUCCACGUGCACCCCCAGCCCCAGCCACUCAGGACAUGUGCUUUGCUCCUCCUAGAACAGCUGUGAGCAGGACCCCUGCCUGCCUCUGUCCCACGGCAAGGAGAGUCCCUGUGAGGACAGUUCUGCUUGGGGCUCAGGGAGGUGACAAGAGGGACAGGACAAGUAAGUCCAGAAGCGAAGUCCCAUCCCGAAUCUGCAUGGGCCAACUUGGUGUUCAUCGGGAGGCAGUCAGUGGCUGGAACUUGUCCCUGCACGCUGUCCUCCUGAGAGGAGACUGCAGUGGCAGGAACCCUGGCCUACCCGACGAGGAGCUGCAGUGCCCGGGCCGAAGCAGGCAGCAUGCUACGGGGGCCACUGGUCCCACUUCUCCCUGAGACCCGCUACCCCAGACCCCAGCUUCCCUGCCUGGAAGGUGGAGGAGAUUGUACAGGCUUGCACGUAGCGUCCUGGAGUUUUUGAAGUUCAGUUAUAAAAAUAACAAAUGCUCAUUGUAGAUAAUUUGGAAAGUGCAAAUAGGCAAAAAUGAAAACAAUUUUAAGUAAUGAAAAACCACCCUUGUCAGGGACCUGGGGGGAGGGGGAAAUGGAGAGUUGUUUAACGGGGACAGAGUUUCAGUUUUGCAACAUGAAAAAGUUUGGAGAUUGGUUGCACAGCAGUGUGAAUGUGGUUAAACAAUAUUGAACUGUACACUUAAAUGGUUAAGAUGGUGAAGUUUAAGUUAUGUGUAUUUUACCACAAUAUUUUUUAAAGAAAGGACUAAGUCUAAAGGAAAAGAAAAAAAAAGCCACGGGUAACUUUCUUCUCCAGAAGUAAGCAUUAUAUAUAAGAUAGGAGGGGGGAAUGGGAUUCUUCGGAGAAAGGAACUUGCGAGAAAAGACUGUGCAGAGCUGUGAUGCCCAAUGUCGCCUCUGAAAUGAGCUCCCAGGGGGCCUUGGGGUGGCGUGUGGGGAGCAGCCAGACCCCAAAGUUCAGGCUGGAGCCUGCAGUUGUUCCCAAAGACUAACUGUGGACUCCCAGGGGCCUCUCUUAAGUGACAGUCAGAGAUGACUUAUGCUUCUAAGGAACUUUGGUCAGCGUGUAUUUAUAAAGGGCCUACUAUGUGCGCUGGGCAGACGGGGGAAGGUGGGGCAGUUCUGGGCUGCCCCUUGAGAAAAAGGGAUGGAGGUGGAAAGGCCAGCCAGCAGGAUCCCACCCUCUCUAGGAAGCAGCAUCCCCUGCAGCUUGCUCUUCCACAGUGGUCGGGGUGGGGACAGAAUUCUCCUGAGUGCCCAGUGCCACUCCCAGGCCAGGAGUCCUCAACUCAUUUUAAGUGUCUGGCUCAUCUGGGACACAAGUCACCCACAUCCCUCCUCCUCCUGUGUUCAAGGGUGGGACCCUCUCCACUUCCCGUCUGCUCCACUCCUGCUGUUAUCCCGGGCGACGUCAAAGUCCACGUGGAUGGCCCACUGCUGCCCUGGUAUCAGCUCCUGAUCUUUCCUGCAGCUCUGAGACCUCUCCUCCAUGCUGGCCUCUUGGCCCCUUGGUCACACCCUCACUCCCAGGACCUCCAGGAGUUUUUCCAUCUCUGGGAGUGUGAACUCUUGAUCAUGACCGCCUCCUUCUUGCUCUCUUACUCUGUUGUCCCCAUGAUAGAUUGAGUCUUCAACCUCAUCCAGCCUUCCUGCUUCUCCACUGCUCUGCUUUCUCCCAGUCCAUCAGCUUCCUCUGACCUUCACCUCCUUUCUGAUGGGUCCUGGACCCCACGGUCACCACACACGACCCGCUCUGCCAGUAUUUCCGAGGGCCAAGGUGAACGCACUGGCAUCACCCUCUCCUUCUCAGAAAAAAGUUUAUUUUCUUUUGGAAUUCAAAGUCCAGGAUUAGUCUCCUAACAAACAAAGCUGCAUUUGCCCACCCUUCCAUCUGCUCGGGCACUGUAGAGUACGCAGCUCUUCACAGCGGUUCUUACAUAGUCAGAUGGUAUUUCCAAAUCGAUUCUGACUUCCGGGAGCCCAUUUCAUUUUGUACACUUUUCAGAGUCUCCUCCCUUCCCCAUUCUUGUCUUCUAAUGGAUCCACCAAGUUUUCUUUGUCCCAAGUUUUCCUUGUAGAGGGGAGUUGCCUUUUGGGGGGCUCCCUAGCAUUUGAACUCCUCUCCAUUGGGUGUGUGUGAAUCUUGGUGGGAGACCAAGCUGGGGCUCCCACUAAAUAAGCUGAAAGUGCUCCCGACCCUCUCCACCACUGAUGACACAGUGACAAGUGGCAAGUCACUGAUGACAUGACUUGCACUCAGCCAGCGGGAUGACCUGACUUGGGACUCCUAUCAGGAGCAAGUGAUACUGAGACCCACGACAGCGGGGGCAGCCGUGUCCAGGGCAGCGGUGCUAACAGCAGCAUCUUGUGCAGGCUGCUCUGGGGUUCCUGCUGCCCAGCCUCCCUUGGUUUCUUCCCAUUUUCUCUGCCAGUUUUUCUAGCUUUCCUGUUAAUGUUCUGAGCUACAGAGAGCCUUUCAAUAAAUUCCUUUUCUGCUUGA